AGCUCCCUCUACAGGAACCCAUGGCAGGUCCACGAUCCUAUCUAGGCUCUGCCUCCCAGGGAACGCUACCACUGUAUUCGUCGAGCGAUUUUCUUCCGAGUUAUGACGACACGUUCCUUCGUGUCGAAUCGGCCAUUGACCACGCCCAAGAAGAAGCACGUCAUAAUACAUCGUCUGCGGGCUCUGAAGUCUACGACCGCUUUGGCUAUACUCUAUCCAAUGAAAAUGGCUCUCCUCUUGAUGUUCGAGACCAUUUACAUCUUCCAAGUUCUGUUCAUACACCUAGAACUCCAUCUCAUCAACAAGGUCCAAGCGUCUGCAAUCACUCCGAGGCGCGAGAUCAUGUCUCGUCUGUCGUAUUAUCCAUGAAUCCGAUGCCAUGGAGCCACAGAACCUACCACCAGAGAAGGGAGGAAGUAAAGAGGAUGCUGGAGAAUAUGAGAGAGAGGAAACUAAAGAGACAGUUAGAAAAAGAACUGAAGAAAAGAUCAGAGGAGCAACCAGAGAGGAAGCUGAAGAAGAAGCUAAUGAAAGAGGCCUCGACAGAACCAGGCCACGAAACAAGCCUAGAAGCCGAGGUAGACGCCGAAGUCGAAAGGCAGAUAUAACACAUUCGCACCUACCAUCAACGCCUCGGCUCCAAUGCUAUUGAGCUCCGAAACCCAGCCCAUUUUGGCGAUGAGGCCAAAGAGCGUGCAAGAAGGCGCGUGUAUGCAGGUUUGAGACCCUUCCCUACCUAGCAGGAGUUAGCGGAGGAAGAACCCGACCCGAAGCUUAUGCCGCUCGUCGUCAGAAGCUGUAGGAUCGAAUCUACACCGCCGCCUUCUCCUCGACUUGCACGGCUUCUCUGGGCUCAAAAGACAUCUAUGAUGCAAGCUGGUGACCAGGCGAUGGUUUAUUUUUGCAUUAGGAAUUGACCAUUUCUCUGCUUUUUAU